AUGACAUUCGGGCCGAUCGUUCACCCGGUCGCCAGCGUUGCGCAGCUGAAUGAGUCCAACGCUGUUUUGUGGAGCAUUGCAGCUGGUGCAAAUCCCCUCCCUGUGGCAAGAGUAUCUGCCUGGAUCAACGUGAGAGGUCUCGCAGAAGCGCAUGUGCAGGCGCUAUUGACACCGGAGGCUGGUGGGAAGCGACACGUCCCUGCAUCUGGGGAGCCGUUUUGCUACGAAUGGGCGGCCGAUAUCAUCAAGACGAAGUCGACUGGGCGCAGGACACAGUCACUCCAAACUAUGAGGCUGGCAAGAGACCAGGACCGACGUACAAACUAG